CAGCGAGCGGCCCAGUCAUGCCAGCCAUGCCAACCAUGCCAGCCAAGAGCGCAGCCCCGAAAUGCUUGGCUUUCGUCCCGUGCAUCCAUCCCGUCCAUCCACACGUCUUUCUCCCAACUUGGUCCAUCUCCGGCCGCCGUUCCUCCCUCCAGGCCUCCAGCCACCUCGUAUCCCAUUCUCCCAUGCUCCCACCCUCCCAUCCUCCAACCACCUCUUCCUCUUUCCUCAUUACCCAUCAUCCAUCCUCCAUCCUCCAUCAUCCAUCAUCCAUCUACCCAUCAUCCGUUCUCCCAUCACCCAGUAACCUAUUGCACUGCUAUUCCUCUCUCCAUCAUCCAUCCCCCUCCUAUCCGUCCCCAAGCCCGUCGCCGCGCCGAGCCACAAACAUGGACACUACUGGCUUCCGCGGUGCACACCGCGCAGAGCAUCUCAAUCGCCAGGCGGCAGCAGAAGCGCGCGCUUCAUACUAUGCCCAUCCGGCCCUCCAUUUCCAUACCUACAUGGGCGAGGGAGAGCAAUAUGCUGACCCCGACCACCACGACAUCCGUAAUGUCCACCCAAUGAACGCCCCCUUCCAUCAGGUCAAGAAAGCUGCCGAUGAGGCCAAAGCCAUCGCAGCCGGAGCACCGACCACCAACGAGAUUGCCGAGAAAACCGGCCUCAAUGAGGGAAAGAAGGCCGAGGAAGGCGGCAAAGAGUACGCCGCCCCUCCGACCGCCCACGACCGUGGCGCCAGAGAACUUGGCGGCGAGGCUGGUGGCACACAUACUUCCCCUGGGCCUCGCGCCGAUGUUGUCCAGACCGCCAUCAUGGCUACCAUGGGUAAGGCCCAAGGCGUUCAGGUAGACGGCGCCGUUCAGCUCCCCAACGACCACUUGAAAGGACAGCAGCCUCACUGGAGUGUGGAGCAGGUGAUGGAGCCGCACCUCCAGCUGAUGUGUGGACCAAUGUUGUCAUAUUACACGAUCAAGGACGGCGUCUGGCAUGGCGCAGCAAUGGUCGUCACUGCCGAUGAAGGUUCUAUUCUGGAUCCCGCCCCUGUUCUCUCGCUGUCCUUCUUCCCGUACAUUCCUCCUGCGUCCGGUCAGGCUCCUGAGGAGCAAGAGAUCCUUCCUCGCCAGCGGAUUCCCGCUCAACGGAUCUUCAACUAUGUCGACGAUGACGGACCGUGCUCGUUCUGGCGCUUUAUGAUCCAGGUGCCGCUGCAGCGUUACGAGACGUCAGUUCGCUACCGCCUGAACGGUGGUGCUGAAAUUCGUUUCUGUGUUCCGGCUUUGGGCCAGAACCUGCGUUGGAGCAGCCACUCGUGCAACGGCUUCUCAUCCGGCGUCAAUCCCGACGACUUCAAGGGCAAGAACUUCUCAUCUGGUUACGACCCGAUGUGGGAGGACAUGCUGGGGUACCACUAUCAGCAAGCAUACCACUGCAUGGUGGGCGGCGGCGAUCAGAUCUACUGUGACGCCAUCACUCGCGAGCCGGAGCUGCAGGGAUGGAUCAACGCGCCAGACAAGGAGAGCAAGCAGAGCUACAAGCUCACUGAUCAGAUGAAGCAUGCGAUUGACCGGUUCUACUUCAACCACUACUGCAAGAUCUUCCGCUCAAACGCGUUCGGUAGGGCCAACGCAACCAUCCCCAUGGUCAACAUGCUGGACGACCACGACCUGAUCGACGGCUUCGGAACGUAUGCGGAUGACACGAUGAAGUCGCCCGUGUUCAACCACAUCGGCUCACGUGGCUACUUCUGGUUUACCAUCUUCCAACUGUUCAUCAAUGACGAGGUAGAUGGCAUCAACCACAAGACGUGGGGAACCCACCCCGCCCCUUCUGUGGUGAUCGGCGGGCCUGGCACGUAUGUCCCGUACCCGUCGCACCACCUUGGCGUCUACCUCGGUCCCAAGGUCUUCCUCCUCGCCGUUGAUUGUCGUGCUGAGCGCACCCUGCACCAGAUUGUCUCCCCGCCGACCUGGAAUCAGCUUCUUAAUCAAUUAGUGGGCAGUCUGCCACGCGAGUUUGAGCACCUGGUGGUGCUUCUUGGUGUGCCCAUCGCGUACCCACGCAUGUCGUUCCUCGAGCACUUCCUUGGAUUUAAGUACAACCCGCUCAAUGCGCUCGCGAGACGCAACGCUCUGGGGAUGGGCGGCCUCGUUAACAAAUUCGACAAGGCGAGCGAGCUGCUUGAUGACCUUAACGACCAUUGGUGUGCGAACGUGCACAAGAAGGAGCGCAACUGGCUCGUGUUGGAAUUGCAGCGCAUCGCGCAGCAACAAAAUCUGCGCGUCACUUUCCUGUCUGGUGACGUGCACCUGGCUGCUGUCGGCUGCCUCUUCACCAAGAAGCGGUUACGCAAGAUCCAGCCUCGUCACGACCAUCGCUACAUGUUGAACGUCAUUACAUCGGCAAUCGUCAACACGCCGCCCCCCGCUGGCGCUGCCAAGAUGGUGUCCAUUCUUUCUGGGCACAAACAUCGCACGCUCCACAAGGACCACACGGACGAGAAGAUGCUCAAGCUCUUUGAGAAGGACACGGAUGGUUCGCCUCUCAAGCGCCCUUACGUGCUCGCGCGCCGCAACUACGCGUCGAUCAUUUAUGACGAAAACAGCGGCGAGCUGAGCUUCGAGAUUCGCGUUGAGAAGGCCCCCGGUGUGGGCGAGAGUGUGCCGUACAGGGUUGCCGCCCCGGCCCCGCGUUACGGUGCCAAGAGCGCAGAGCCGAGUGUGGUGGGCAGUCAGGGCGCCCCAAGCGUCACAGCGAACAGCUUUGUCAUGCCCCCAAGUCAGCCAGUUUCGCCGGCCACCGCUACCGGCGGCGGCUUCGGUGGACCUCCAUCCCUCAGCUCCGUGCCAGGCUCCAUGAGACUUGGGCAGCCGGCUCACGUACAGCCGGGUCAAGCGCCGAUGAUGUCCCAGCAGCAAGGACCCAUGGGCGCAACGCCGACGCAUAACCAGUACGGCGCCGCUUCCGCUCCAGGGCAGUACAACUCUGUCCCGGGGCAAGGCUCUUACGGCGCGGCCCCCCAACAAGGGCAGUACGGCUCUGGGCAAAUGCAAGGGCAGAUGGGCAGCGUUGCCCAGCAGGGCCAGCCGGCCAUGCCCACGCUGCAGGGCCAGACGUUCGGCGCAUCGCAGAGCAACAUGACGGCCGCACCGUUGCAGCCAAGCCAGAUGCACGAGCCCAAGAUGUACGCAGAGCCAAUGAACGGUGGCCCACACGUCGGACAGUCGGAUGGUGUUCAAGGCGGCUGGAACACUGCCCCCAUGCAUGCUGGUCACAUGACGAACGCCCCCAGUCGCCCGCAAUAAGGCAAGCAGCUCGCCACGCCACUGGAUACCCACAACUCAAACCUACCCCCUUUCUAAUCACGUACACGGCUGGGUUGCGCUUCCCGGCCACGCGGCAGGCAGUCUUCAGUACUGCAGGCGGACAAUAUUAGACAAUUACCUGUUAGCCGCGCUGUAGCACCCUAUGCAAUUCAUGCUCUACCUCCG